CGGUCAGUCAUGUUCAAAUCUGACGCUGUUAGCAUUUAGCUUCGACCUGCUUAACUAGAGAGAAACAGAGGCAGAGAGGGAAAGAGCCGAGGGGCAGACGAGGAGCCCGGCCACAGCUACGGAAUGACGGUGUUGCAGGAACCUGUCCAGGCUGCUGUCUGGCACGCUUUAAACCACUAUGCCUACAGAGACGCUGUGUUCCUGGCAGAAAGGCUCUAUGCUGAAGUACAUUCGGAAGAGGCACUCUUCCUCCUGGCCACGUGUUACUACCGAUCGGGAAAGGCCUACAAGGCAUACCACCUCCUCAAAGGGCACAGCUGCACCACACCACAGUGCAAAUACCUCCUUGCCAAAUGCUGUGUGGAGCUCAGCAAGCUGGCAGAGGGUGAGCAGAUCCUCACAGGAGGAGUCUUGAACAAACAGAAGAGCCAGGACGAUAUUGUCACUGAGUUUGGCGACUCAUCCUGUUUCACACUGGCACUACUUGGGCAAAUCUACUGCAAAACAGAUCGCUUAGCAAAAGGAGCUGAAUGUUAUCAAAGGAGCCUAAGUGAGAAUCCUUUUCUCUGGUCUCCCUUCGAGUCACUCUGUCAGAUUGGUGAGCGGCCAGAUCCAGAGCAGAUUUUCAAGCUGACCUCUCUGCAGAGCUUCAACGGGGGCAGCGGAGGGGGUGCCCCCACUUUCCCCAUUAGCCCUGCCCACACCCCCAGCCACAACAUGCCACACCGGCAGGUCGACUCCGUCCUAAUGGAGACACCCCAGGAUACGCUGGAACUGAACCGGCUUAAUCUGGAGUCAUCCAACUCCAAGUACUCUUCUAUAAACACAGACUCCUCUAUGUCUUAUAUCGACUCUUCGGUCAUCUCGCCUGAUUCUGCACCCCUGGGCACUGGCGGUUCAUUGCUAUCUAAGCAGGUGCAGAAUAAGCCAAAGAGUGGCCGCUGUCUGCUUGGAGGCACAGCCACACUGAGCCCUCUCACACCCAGUUUUGGAAUAUUGCCCUUGGAGCCAAGUCCAGGCGACCCCUCUUAUCUGCAGAACUAUAGUCACAGUGGGACAGGAAUGGAGCCACCACCUCCACCUGGUCCACCAAAGAAGACUGUCAGUAGAAUCAGCCAGGUGGGAACUAAGUCAGUUUUUGCACAAAGUGGAAAUAGCAGAGAGGUGAUUCCAAACCCCUUUAACCAGACCCAGACCACUGCUCCACAGACCAGUACUACACCUCAAGUGCUGAGUCCCACCAUCGCUGCUCCCCCCAACGUGCAGCCUCGGCGGAGCUCCAGACUCUUCACCAGUGCCAGCUCCACUGCCAAGGAGAACAGCAAGAAGCUAAAAAUGAAGUUCCCAACCAAGAUCCCCAACAGAAAGACCAAGACAAAAACGGGGAAGGGGGGAAUCACCCCCUCCAGCCUAAAUGAGAGCAUUGAAAUCCUGAAGCUGGACUCGUCUAUGGCUGAGGGGAAGGGCAACAUUAGCUCGCCUCAGUUUCAGGCGUUUACUUUGCAGAAGGCUGCAGCAGAUGGGCUGAUGUCGCUGAUGCGAGACAUUGGGCGAGGCUACUUGGCCCUGUGCUCGUAUAACUGCAGAGAGGCCAUCAACAUUCUCAGUCAGCUCCCUGCACACCACUACAACACUGGUUGGGUGUUGGGCCAGAUUGGUCGUGCACACUUUGAACUGGCAGAAUACAUGCAGGCUGAGAGGAUUUUUUCAGAAGUGCGGCGCAUUGAGAGCUAUCGGGUAGAAGGGAUGGAGAUCUACUCCACCACACUAUGGCACCUACAGAAAGACGUAGCACUUUCCGCCUUGUCGAAAGACCUCACUGACAUGGACAAGAAUUCUCCAGAGCCAUGGUGUGUAGCUGGUAACUGUUUCAGUCUGCAGCGAGAGCACGACAUUGCCAUAAAGUUCUUUACGCGGGCCAUACAGGUGGACCCAAGCUUUGCCUACGCCUACACUCUGCUGGGUCAUGAGCUGGUGCUUACUGAGGAGCUGGAGAAAGCCCUGGGCUGCUUCCGAAACGCCAUCCGCCUCAACAAACGUCACUAUAAUGCCUGGUACGGCUUGGGAAUGAUCUACUACAAGCAAGAGAAGUUUAACCUGGCGGAGAUUCAUUUCAAGAAGGCUUUGAGUAUUAACCCCCAGAGCUCAGUUCUACUCUGCCACAUUGGUGUGGUCCAACAUGCAUUGAAAAAAUCCGACCAUGCUCUAGAGACCCUGAACAGAGCAAUCAGCAUUGACCCUAAGAACCCACUAUGCAAAUUUCACAGGGCCUCCAUUCUCUUUGCUAAUGAAAAGUACAAGGCAGCUCUACAGGAGCUUGAAGAACUAAAACAGAUAGUGCCCAAAGAGUCCCUUGUUUACUUUUUAAUAGGAAAGGUUUAUAAGAAGCUUGGUCAGACUCACUUAGCCCUGAUGAACUUUUCAUGGGCUAUGGACCUAGACCCCAAAGGGGCCAACAAUCAGAUCAAAGAGGCCAUAGACAAGCGUUACCUCCCUGAUGAUGAGGAGCCAGUCACUCCUGAUGACUAUCCUUAUUAUUCAACGGAGCUGGAAGAGUCUCAGGAGAGCAGUAUGACGGACGCAGAUGACACGCAACUCCACACCACAGAGAGUGAUGAGGUCCUGUAACACCCUGUUCCUGCAGCCUCCUGUCUGGACUCGAACACAUCAUUUAUGCCAACCUGGAGCUACCCUAAGACUCCAGCUCUAAUGAAAAUAGAAAAAAAGACAAAAUUAGGAGGAAGGAGAAGAAUAAAAAAGGAAAAACAAACUGCUGCUAAUACAGUACCUCCUCAUUUCUGUAUUUUUUACUUUUAAUUGUUUUACCAUGUUUUUUUUUUUUUUGUGAGGUUUUUCAUCUUCCUCCCAACCCUCUGGGUCCUGUCAUUAUGCCUUAUUGCUGGAUCCUACAGAUCCAGCUUUCAAUCCCCAUAUCAACAUGGGAGAUUUUACUGUCUUUAUCGAAGUCCAUGAAAAACUUCUACCCCAUUCAUGUCAUCUGUACAAGAGUCCCAAAUCCUCUCUGUCAAGAAGAGAGGAUGAAGGGAGGAAAAAAAAGAAAGCAAGCCACAGACAUUCGUGGAAGUUUCUGUCUUAAUGCCUAGGCCUUUUUGUGUUCCUUUUUAUUCUCAUUUACUCUAAAUAAAGACCUGUGUAAGAGUU